CCCAUCAUUUGUGUCAGUGGGAGGAAUAGUGCCCAUCAUUGGUGUCAGUGGGAGAAUAGUCCCAUCAUUGGUGUCAGUGGGAGGAAUAGUGCCCCAUCAUUGGUGUCAGUGGGAGGAAUAGUGCCGCAUCAUUGGUGUCAGGGGAGGAAUAGUGCCGCAUCAUUGGUGUCAGUGGGAGGAAUAGUGCCCCAUCAUUGGUGUCAGUGGGAGGAAUAGUGCCCCAUCAUUGGUGCCAGUGGGAAGAAUAAUGCCUCAUCCUUGGUAUCAGUGAGAGGAAUUCUGCACAAGGGCCAGAUAAAAGCAAGUAAAGGGCCACAUC